CUUUCACCCCAUCUUUUCUUCUUCUCCCUUCCAUUGGGCGUUUUACUUUUCUUUUCUUACCAACGCAUCUUUCUUCUUCUCUUUCCCCACCCUUUGCCAUAACAUAACGCCAAAACUCCUUCAUUUCAUUCUCUUCUUCCUCUCUUUCCACCCCCACUUUGCUCAUUCUUCACCUCUCUUCUCUCUCUCACUUCCACUCCACUCUUCUCUCUCUCACAUCAUGAACUCUUCUUAUAUGCUGCAAGCUGGUGCUUCUUCUUCUUCUUCUUCCUCUUGAACAGUGAAAUGGGUUUGUGUUCUUCUGUCCACCGAAACGAGCAAACCAACAUGAAGCAUCAUCUAACACUCUCUUUUGAGUCCAAAACUGAAAGCCUUCUGAUUCCUUCAUCACCCUUCGAAGACAAAGAGAAACCCAAAAACGGAAACUUUGUGGUUGUUGCUGAUGAUGAUGCGUUUAAGCCUCAGCAGUGGUCACCCUCCAGGUCCACCACCACCUUCUCAGUCAAAGACUGUGGGGAUAACGAUGGCAAAGAGGAAUCAUUUUUUGAUUCAAAGGCCUGGUUAGACUCAGACUGUGACGAUGAUUUCUAUAGUGUAAAGGGUGAGUUUACCCCAUCUCGUGGCAGCACUCCAGUGCACCACAUUUUUCUCAACAAAACCACUCCUUCUGAGCCUUGUUCUGUUCCGGAACCAUCUCCAACAACACAAAAGAAAAAGCUGUUGGAUCUUUUUCGCGAAAGUGUCAGAGAAAACCAAAGUGAUGAUGCUGAGAACACUUUCGGCAACGAAAAGAAAGAAGUGAAACCAACAAUGGUACAUGAUCUUAUUCCUAAAUCUGCACACAGUACUCCUUAUGUCUCGGGAGGAAAUUCUGCAUGUAGCAGUGAAAGAACAAUGAAUGAUGAUCAUGCACCGAUUAGAGAGAAACCAGUUAAAUCUGUUCAGUGCUGCCUUCCAAGCUUGGCUUCUUGUCGUAGCUUCAGCGAGAGGAAGAGGAAGACAAGUCCUGCAAUAGCAGCUAAUGGAACAGCAUGACUCAGAUGAGCAAUGUACCUUCUUAGACAUAAUCAUGAUGGAAGUUAAAGAUCUAUGAAUUGAAUAUGAUAAUGUACAUCUUUAAAGUUAUCCCUGUAAAGAGCCAAGUAGUAAUAUGAAUUUGAAAGCAUGUACACAAACGGAAGAGACGUUUUAUGUCAAUAAGCAAUGAGUUUUUGGUUUCAUAAUCAUUCUCAAGGGGAUAACAUCAUCUAAAUUGGCUCUAUACUUAGGUUAGGUACUGUUAUUGUAUGUGAGAUACAUAAACAUGAUCCAACUAAGUAAGGUUAGUUAUCAUAACAUUUUUUUUGGAUGUACUAAGUUUAUGCAAGGUUUUCAAACAUAUA